AUGGCAGUACCAGUGCUCAACGAAGACACCGAAACCACCAAUCUGAUCAGAGUGUUGAUCCACCGUUUGGAAGAGAUGUUAAGACGUGACAUACACGUCGCAUCUCUCCCUCCGCAGCCGCCUCGACCACCACCACCACCAGAGGCACAAAACAUGCUGCAGUUCUCGUCGGGCCGGGCUGCUGUGGUGGCUGGUCAGUCAAUGUCCACGGACUCGUGGACAAAAUGCCCCUGCGCCGGUCGUCUUCCCAAAGGACUUAAGACGACCGCAAGGUUAGCGAUCGGCAUUUCGCGCUCCCUGCGAACCCACGUCAGUCAGCUCAGCGGAAAGAUCAACAAAUCGUGCCGGGAGGAUUUGUCCAAAAAUUGAAACAUAAAAAAUGUUUUUCUAUCAGGUGAAGCGAAACUACACCACCGAUAAUUCUGGUCACAUUCAAACAGAAAAUGCCGAUAACAGGAAAGGAGAAAUUUAUUGAUAUUUCUCUCCAAGUUGUAUGUUCAUUAACGUAUUUCAUCCUCAUUGAUGAAAACUUUCUCAUUCCUAAUACCCAUCUAUAAUGUACAUUAUAUUGGAAAUAUGAACAUCGAUGUGACGCAUAAAUUGAUAAUGAUUUAUUAAUUAUUUUUGGGCAAGCGUUCUGGAGGUAUGACAAAAAUUGAAACAAAAAUAUUUAAUUUACAAAGUCAGUGUCGUCACUUUCGGUUUUUCAAAUUCCCAUCACGUGCUAUAUGUUAACCAUCAAUUUUUGUAAAAAUGGGCUAAGAGCCACAUUCAAUGAGCACUCGACCUGUUCAACAAACCAACACUUUGUCAAAUACUGAAGAUAGUAAAAGUGUUCGGUUAAUCGUAAUCCUAUAAUAAACGUGCCAGGCUCAAGGUUUGUGUAGACUAUAAAAGUUUAUAUAAAACUGCACGAAUCCGCUCAUUUUUGUAACGAAAUUUCUAUGUUUGUAUGUAGAUUGAAAUAAACUGAUUGA